GUUUCCACCAUGGGAAUUCCUGUUUACCAUUUAUUCACUACUGGAGCUUCUGCUUUGGCUCUGUAUUCCUACUUUCCAAAAAUUCACCGCGAACAAUGGUGUCAUUAAAAGAAAUGGUGGGAGUUGAGAUUCUGAUGCCAGGAAAUUCAGCAUUGAAAGCAGAGUUGAUGCCGACACCGGUUCUUGAUAGGGAAGAUCCUGCUUAUUGGGAGAUGUAUUUCUGUGAGCAACUUUCAAUGGUGAAGGGAAUCGUGGUGAAUACAUUUCGUGAAUUGGAAGUUGUGGCGGUUAAGGCUGUUGAAGAUGGCGUGUGUUUUCUGGAUAUCAAAAGAAGUCCGCCUCCCGUUUACUGCAUUGGGCCAUUGAUUGCUGACCCUCAACAAUCAGCGAAAGUUGCACUUGGAGAAUUUGGGUCAUCGACAAAAGCACUGGCAAAUUUGGUUCAAACAUGGAAUGAAAUCAAUCACUUAUAACUAAUUUCAUUGUCAUUAGUAUUAUCACUCAAUUAUUAUACCAGUUCAUUCAUUUUAGGUCCUUGGUUGUUUCACUUUUGUCCUUGUCUACUUUUUGUUCAAAACUACUGGAAUUAUGUUGCAGACAAUGUGAAAAAAGCAUGUUUUACUUUGGAAACCAUUGUUUUGAAAAUAUUGAUUU